AUGGAAGAAUACAAAGAUUUUGAUGACAAAUCUCCACCUGCCAUUGCUAAUACUGUCAGGGACACUUUCUGUGAGAGUUUCAAGUGGAAAGGAUCCCUGAGCCGGAACUCUCUUAGUAAUGACUUCAAAAUUCCCAGAAGUACUUCGUUCCAGCCUAAAACUCCAAGGCUGUUUGAAGCUCUAGAAUAUCAACAUGUUUAUACAGAAACUGAUUUGUUCCAGACCAUGAAGGUUUAUUUAGAGCAAAAAAUCUCUGUUGAGAAAGAACUGAUUAAUUUUAUAGAGAAAGAAAUUGAUGAUAAACUUAUGGAGCAUAUUCCCAAGCAGAUUCAUGAAACACUUCCUGAGAUCAGCGAAAAGAUCAGAUGCUUGGAAGUUGUUUACUAUAUUAUUCUCCAACAUUUCAACCAUUUUGAAGCUUCUGAUGGAAAUUCAGAGGUUGAUUAUGAUUGGGAUAUUGAAGAGAUAAGCAGAGUCAAAGAGAUCAUGUACGAAAUCUUCCCUACAGUUAAACCUGAUGUAAUUGAAGAGUUUCUUAGUGGCGACAGAACCAUAUGUGUAUCAGCUGUAAUGCUUACCAUGAAAGCUAUCAAUGGUCUCAAUGAUAUGUUAGCUAAUGUUUUAAAUGAAAAUUUAAAAAUUAAAGACUCAGUCAAAAUUGGGAAAAUCGUGAUUUAUGCUAUUAAACUUGCGUUUUGAUUCGAGUUUCUUUACUCAAGCCUCAUGGCUGAUAAAGAAUCUAUAUUUUUCAAUGAAAACAACACAAGGGAUAUUGCUAUUCUCAACAAGCAUCUCGAUGUAAUCAAUCCAUUUGAUCUUGACAAUCAUUUGAAAAGGUUGGAAAAAGCCGGAAAUAAUAUUGGAUUUUAUAUGGGGAUUGCCCAGAAAGGAUUCCAGCAUAAGUCUUACACUAAGUCUUUAGUGUCGAUGGCAUACUAUAGCUCUCUUUACUUUCUGAACUCUAAGUCAGGCUCUGAUAAUGGGAACUUAUUUAUGCAUACUCUUGAGCCUGAGACAUUUGGAAGGAUGAUACAAUUCCCCGAAAAUAGAUAUAUUCAGUCUAUUCUGACUCUUACUGCGUCAGUGUUAUCAAAAGUUGAAGUUAGCAAAAUAAUUUAUGUCCCGAUUUCCCGGAUCGAUCAGCUCACUCACGAGACUUAUCUCGAUAACUCCUCGCCCUUCAUAGUGGAGAACAGGAGUGGACUCAACUUCAUGAUGACUAGUAGGGAUGUCAACCCAAGCGAUUACGUCAAAGUAAACAUCAUUACCAAUCAGGAUUGGGGUAAAGUAAAUUGGAAAACAGGAAAGCUUUUGGACCCAGCUGCUUCACCAGCUCAUAUAGAUGGAAUAAUCCUAUUCAUCCAUGGCGGAGGGUUUAUUUCAACAAGCACAGGGGUGUAUCAACCUCUGCUGCGUAAAAUGAACAAAGAAACUGGGUAUCCUAUCUUUAGCGUGGAUUACCGACUAGCACCAAAAUAUGCUUAUCCCACCGGGUUAAGCGAUUGUUGGAUGGUCUAUUUAUGGCUCCAAUACUACGCUGAAGAAUAUCUCCAGCUGACUUUUGACAAAAUAAUCCUUGCAGGUGACUCUGCCGGAGGAAAUCUUUGAACAGGAGUCACCCUCCUUUCUUUGUUGAAAAGUUGUAAAGUCCCAACAGGCUUGAGUCUGAUUUACCCAGGAAUGCUGGUUUCAAGGACGCAUUUCAUCCCAUCAAUGCUGUACUCUCUGGAUGACUAUAUUCUUAACACAGUUGUAUUGGACUUUUGAGUUAGUAGCUACGACACUAAGAACAAUGGGGAUAAGGAUUUCCUCCUCUCACCUAACCUAGCGCCAGAGGAACUUAUUUGAAAUGACGGUAAAGUCUGAUUUCCGAUGACGAGAAUUAUCAUUAGUGGAAAUGAUCCUCUGAGAGAUACUAGUCUGGAAUUCAUAAUCAAAAUGGCAAAACUUGGUGUUGAUAUCCAAGCUGUUGAUUACCAAUACCAGAUACAUGGCUUCAUAAUGUUCAACAUGGGACCUAUCAGCUUCAAGGAAUCUGAUCAUGCUAUUGAGAAGUGAAUCAGUUACACCAAGGAAAUUAUAGAUCAGAAUGCCGACUCUUAACCAUUUUUAGAAAAUGGUAUCGGCACCUUACUUUUCUUAGGAAUAAUGUUAGAUUCA